AUGACUUCCUCAACUACGCUCAUGACGUUCCUAGUGCAAACUCCGCCAUCUAUACGAUCCGUCAACUUACUCGGUUCAUGGGACAACUUUUCCAAGCCAUAUCCAAUGAAAAGGGAUAGCCGACUUGGUGCUGAGCAUUGGUCCGGUUGUUAUAACUUUGAGAACAUUGUCUGUGACGGUCGUGUUGAGCAAGCGUGUGGCAGGCGACAAGGAGGCUUGAAGAUGGGCGGUAGGUAUUGGUAUCAUUAUCAAUUGGACAACGACAUUGAAUUUCACAACCCAGCCGAACCGUCCACGACAGCUUGUCCAAUGCUCCCUGGACAGCCCGUCAAUGUUUUGGAUGUCCCAAUGCAUUUCAGCACUGGCCAUCGUAGACACCGAAACGCAAGUGUCAGCUCUACAAGCUCCGAGUUGAUGACUAUGAAUCCCGAGGACAGAUAUCUGAAUCCUCGACCCGCUCCGAAGCCAGCCCUUGCCACUUUGAAUACUUCAGCACGACAAAAUUCUGCCCCGAGCUUGGAAGGCUCGCCUUUGAAUCUUGCAGCUGCCCCCGGCCGGUCCAGGCAUGGUCGCAAUGCUUCCCUUCCCUUGAGCGCUGUUUCCUUACGAACUUUCCGCUUGCCACGGAAGGCCUCAAUUGAUUCCAGAGGUCGAUCAGUCUCGCCUCACCAUAUAUCAACAGGAUUAAAAGCAGCAUUCCGCCAAUUCGCUCCUCUGAAGCCGCCUAGUCCUGAAGCUAAGGCUGGGAGAGGCCGUGCUCGCUUUCCCACCUCCCAUCGAGAGCGCCUGUCGUUGGACCAGGCUUGGCGCUCCAACCGAGCAGCCCCUGAAUGCACAGACAAGCCAAGCUCUAGCGAAAGCUCUACCAACUUAUCCAGAGGCAGGUCUCCAACACCUACUGUGGGCCGGGAAGGUGGUCAGGCUCGGAAAACAAGCUUGGUGCUGCGGCAAAGCGUCGAGCAUCUCCAUAAUGCCGAAGCAGCAUUCGCAGUCUCCUCGUUUCAGAGCCACAGGAGGCAGAGAUCUCGAUCGAGGGAACCUUCUCCUUUGCGCACAUUGUUGACCGAGCCAGAGCAACCCAACGGAGGGUGCAAGGUGCAAGACGCCGCUUGCCCACCGUACCAACCACUGGAGACUCUGAAAGAAGUCACCUCGGCUCAGAACACACCCAUUUGGCCGUCAUCUGGGCUGAUUGCUCCAGCUAACGAGCUUUGCAGACCCGAUAGUACUUCGCAGCCCUCUGAAAAGCGACUGCCAACUUUGCCGAAUACUCCCCUAACCUUAUCUCCAAAUAAAAACUCUAAAAUGCGAUUAACCUGCAGCUCCACAGAUCUUGCAGGACUCACAACCGGUCCCUCAACCCACUUCUCGCAUUGGACUGUUACCACUGAUUCCUCAUAUACAUCGUCUCAAUGGUCUAGCAUCUUCUUUGAUGGCAAAUCGCCGGCUUCAACACAAGAGACCGAGCACUCGACUCCAUCAAUGUCGCCAUGCGGGAUUACUUCUGCUGGGCAGAGUCAAGAGGCUGUGAAGCAACGAGAAAGCUCCUCUGUGCUGAAAGCGAACAGAAUGCCCUCCGUUGUCAGUUCAUCAACAAUUAGUUCUUACGACAACCCCUCACCUUCUUCUCCGAUUUCUGAGACAUCUGGAUCCACACGCGCUCCCAAAGACGAAUCCACCUUGCUACAGAAACGGUACGGAAUGAUGCUUGGCAGUUUCGACACGUACAGGCUCCCUGCCGGUGCUGGGGCACCAGAUGCCACACUCAAACCUCAUUUUCCUUAUUAUGUGGAUGGUCGACCUCAAGACGAUGUCUCUGACCACGUGAGAGUUACCGCGGAGGAUUUUCCACACACAACAACCAUGCAGCAAAUUAUGCAAGAAUUGAGCUAUCUGAAGGACAUGAUUCAAGACUGA